AUGACCUCGUCAAUCACACAAUUGUCCGCUCCUGGUCUCACAUCGGAAGAAAUCCAAGCUGAAAGGGCUUGGAUAGAUCAGUUUAUGCAAGAUUCUGACGCUCUGGAUUGGUCGAGGUGGGAUAAAUGGUGGGCAGACGACGCAUUCUUUCAAUUCGGAAACACACCUAGAAUCGAAGGGAAGAAGGCGAUACAAAAUUACAUGGAGCCGCAGUACAGUGUCUUGGAAUUUAUGCAUCAUGGGGUGAUCCGGAUUUCCUUCGAUGUUCCUCUUGGAUUGAUCUAUCAGACUACAAUUAUCUCUUACAAAGUUAAGGGGGACCUAGAAGGGCGUACUAUCCAAAUUCCAGGGCUCGCCAUUCUUCAUAAGCGAGUUGGAGAGAAUGUGCUGAAGGGAUUUGAAGUAUACAUUGACAAGGGACCGAUUGAGGCGGUAGUGAAGGAAGUUCUUGAAGGAGGGAGGCAAACCAAAGAUUGA